GUAUUUGCAAGGAUUUAUGCAGAAAAAAAGUGUCAACGUCAACCCCAACAGGGAUUGGAAUCAAUGGGUUAAAAAGACUGGCAUCCCCCAAGUAAAACUGCACUUUAAAUCCAUGCCCUGUACUGCUAUGCUGAGUGGAGACACUUGAUGAUGAUGAUGAUGAUGAUGAAGGGGAGGAGUUAGCAAGUCCCCUCUCUGGGAUGGCAGGGAUUCUGACCAAUUAGAAUUGACUUCCCUAGACGGGACAGCAGUCCGAUUGGCCAAUAGCAGAGGAGAAGUCCUAGUGCAGCCUCAGCUGAAAGAACUAAUAAAUACUUCCAGGCAGACUCGCACCUCACUCUCAGCAAACAGUCAGGAACUCUCUGGGUCCACACGGGCCCCCGGCAAUUCCCCCUCACACAGUGUCACUAGUUACCCUCCGAGGCAGGACGAGGCUCUGCUACCUUCUCUGGCAUCUCAGCACAGGGUGCCACCGACUCUCACUCUCUCUUUACAGGGGGACUUGGAUUUAGUUCUUUGUAAGGGAACUGAUGAUGACCAGCUUGGCUGGAGCUGUGCCAAGAAUGAUGAGACCAUGCCCAGGACAGAACUAUCCCCGGACUGGAUUCCCCCUGGAAGUGUCCACUCCUUUAGGACAAGGCAGGGUGAACCAGCUGGGUGGAGUAUUUAUCAAUGGAAGGCCCCUGCCCAACCACAUAAGGCACAAGAUAGUUGAGAUGGCACACCAUGGCAUCCGACCCUGCGUCAUCUCGCGCCAGCUCAGAGUGUCGCACGGCUGCGUCUCCAAGAUCCUGUGUCGCUACCAGGAGACUGGAUCCAUCAGACCUGGAGCCAUCGGGGGCAGCAAACCCAAGGUGACUACUCCAGAAGUGGAAAAAAAGAUCGAAGAAUUUAAAAGAGACAACCCGGGUAUGUUCAGCUGGGAAAUUCGCGAUAAAUUACUUAAAGACGGAGUAUGUGAUCGCAAUACUGUGCCUUCAGUAAGCUCCAUCAGCCGAAUUCUGAGGAGCAAAUUUGGGAAAGGGGAUGAGGAGGACAUGGAGCUGGAUCGAAAGGAGCAAGAAGAGAGCGAGAAGAGAGCAAAGCAUAGCAUUGAUGGGAUCCUAAGGGAAAGAGCUCCAGCAUCCCCUGAGUCUGAGGAAGGCUCUGAUAUUGACUCUGAACCAGACCUGCCUCUGAAGAGGAAGCAGCGCAGGAGCAGAACCACAUUCACUGCAGAGCAACUGGAAGAGUUAGAGAGAGCAUUCGAGAGAACCCACUACCCGGAUAUUUAUACACGAGAAGAACUGGCCCAGAGAGCCAAGCUCACAGAGGCGCGAGUUCAGGUGUGGUUUAGUAACCGACGCGCUAGAUGGAGAAAGCAAGCAGGAGCCAACCAGCUCAUGGCAUUCAACCACUUGAUCCCAGGGGCUUUUCCUCCUACAGCUAUGCCAGCUCUGCCAACCUACCAGUUAUCUGAGACCUCUUACCAGCCCACUUCUAUACCACAAGCUGUGUCUGAUCCAAGCAACACAGUUCACAGGCCCCAGCCGCUCCCUCCAAGCAGUGUGCACCAAAGUCUUCCUUCCAACCCCGACAGCAGUUCGGCCUAUUGCCUGCCCAGCAGCCGACAUGGAUUUUCCAGCUACACAGACAGCUUUGUGCCCCCAUCUGGGCCUUCCAACCCUAUGAACCCAGCCAUUGGCAACGGCCUUUCACCUCAGGUUAUGGGUCUCCUGACUAACCAUGGUGGGGUUCCUCAUCAGCCUCAGACGGAUUAUGCCUUAUCUCCUUUAACUGGAGGCCUUGAGCCUCCCACAGCUGUAUCAGCAAGUUGCAGCCAGAGACUGGAACAUAUGAAGAGCUUGGACAGUCUAUCAACAUCACAGUCUUAUUGCCCACCAACGUACAGCACCUCAGGUUACAGCAUGGAGCCUAUGACAGGAUACCAAUACCCACAGUAUGGACAGAGUGCCUUUCAUUAUCUGAAGCCAGAUAUUGCAUAAAGGAAUGGUCCCUCUUGUGCUAUAACACUCAGAAUGGAUACUCAUCAUUGUACGAGGGGCUCCAACUGAAAGACAGAAACACAGCAAACCUUUAUCCGUUACUCAUGGAGAGUGUGGAAUUCUACCAUGUUGAUGGAUGGUUAGAAUCAGUCAUGGACCUGGUGUUUUGGCUAAUGACUACAUGAUUCCACAUAUGGCAUUCCAAGGGCAGAAGCCACAAACUGUUUACAAUGAACUAGAAGCCUAAAUUAGACUUCAAAACUGCAUUUGCCAUGUCCCGACAACCAACGUCCUUUUUGGAGAAUUAUUUGACAUUGCAUCUUAUUAUAGAGUGCACAGUAAACACAACUAUGUUUUAUAGAGUGGAUAAAGCGCUAUAUCUCUCGAUAUUUCACAUAAGUUGAUUACCCAGUGACUCAAUAAAUUCCGGCAAUGUCUCAAAGUGAUGAAAGACGAGAAACUUUUCACGUUUGCUAAAAAAGGUCUAACAUUGGGAAGAUGAACGUUUAAACGUCCAGAAGUAAUCAUUUUAGUGUUUGCCGGUGGGUAAUGGCUUGUUUGAUCUCAGGACAGUUUCUGAGCUCGAGGCAAAGUACUUUCAUUCAUUAUUUAGGAUCCGCUAAAGGAAAUGGAAUUAACAAGAAGAAACAGUGAGGAACACACAACACCACCUUUUGACUCCAAAAUAUUGAUCCCACGGCUGUCAAUGUGCAAUACCAUACCUCACUUCUACUUUGUAAGAAACCUCUGUAUCAUGCUUUGCAAAUAUAGUGGUUUUGUAUUUUAGACUAUUUUAUUGUUAAAAAAAAAAAAGUUUGAGUUUGGAUAGACAUUUUUCUACAUUUGAGAACUUUCUACUCUCUAAGGGAAGACACAUUCCACAAUAUUGUUUGUUGAGGGAUCUCCUCCAGACUCUCAGAGUUGGAUUUGGCUAUGGUUUGGUUCAGAUCUUUAAAAAAAGAUAUUUCAGAUCGGUAUAGUAGGCAGUGGGUUAGGGAUCUAAAUGUCGAGUACUUAAGUUAUAUAACUAAAAUGUUAAAUCUUUCUUAAUUGGCUAGGUGGAGCUCAACCUAUAUUGCGGUUAUGUUUUAUUGCUAUCUGUAAAAAUUCUAAUGCAAACACUAUUUGCAUUGAUAGGAAGGAUUUAGCUUUUUCAACAGUUAAAGCGAAGUAACAAGAAAGUCACUGCCAUGAAAGUGCUAAAAUGGAGAUUCAGAUUUGGUAAAGGGGUGAAAAUUACAGGUGGUUUUAUUUAUUUGUCUGUUUUACCCAAUCAAGAAAACGAGGUAGAGAGCAUACAUUCCUUCAAGAAUUAUGGGUAAUAAAUUAGGGGGUUUAGAUAGGAAAAAAGGUAGUGUUGAAAUCAGGCUUUCGUCUUAGAGGUGAUGGAAGAAGUUACAUUCUAUCUGUGCUUUGCCGGAUUUACUGGCAACAAAUGCUGCAAUAUGUUUCGUGUACAAAAAAAUGCAGUAUAUAUUUACUAUUUAUAAUAAAUAAACAAGUAUAAAGACUUGCAA